AUGCUUUCUCCUUUCCGUUCUAUACCCACACCCAAGACCUCGCGCCCACUGUUUUCUCCCACAAUUUUGAUCUGAAGAUUCGAAAAUUGCUACAGAGCUCUUCCGCUUGGAUAGUGAAAUGCUCUUCUCCUUCUCUGGAAGUCCUUCUACGAUGUCUCGCUCGAUGCAUCCGCUUCCUUUCUAGUUUAUUUUCCUUGGGUUAGAUCUUUAUUUUGGGUUAGAUCUUUGACUUUGGCUAGUGGCUUUGUUGAAGGGAUCAGAUCUUAUUUAACCAGUGCGAAUCUGGUUGAUGUAACCAGAUGGUAUCUAUAAAUAUUGGAGUUCUCCAUUAUUUGUUGGAUCACAUUUAUGGUGCAUGCAUGCACCGGACCAAAUUAAGCACUCCUUUUUUCUCGCGAGGAUGGGGAGCAGCCAAACUCGAACUUUUUGAGAGCAUGCUGAAGCAACUCUUUCCAGGGGCUGUGGGCCAAAAUUGGCCACCUAAGAUGGUUCAGCCAAUUUGGAAACAACUAUGGGAAUCAAAAAAUGCUUGCCUUAAAGAGGGAAUAUUCAGUACUCCAUGUGAUGAGCAACUUAUAAAUGCAUUGCCCCCAGAGAGCCAUACCGCUCGGAUUGCUCUCCUUACGCCAAAAUCCGUACCGCCACAUAAAAUGGCUUGUGUUGUUCACUUAGCAGGCACUGGCGAUCAUACCUUUGAGCGAAGAUUGCGUCUUGGAGGCCCUUUACUUAAGGAAAACAUAGCAACAAUGGUGCUUGAGAGCCCAUUUUAUGGAAAUCGGCGACCAAAACUGCAGCGGGGAGCGAAACUUCUAUGUGUCAGUGAUUUGUUAUUACUGGGAAGAGCCACUAUUGAGGAAGCUAGGAGUCUUUUGUACUGGUUGGAUGUGGAGGGUGGUUUUGGCAAGAUGGGAAUUUGUGGACUUAGCAUGGGGGGCGUGCAUGCUGCGAUGGUUGGAUCUCUCCAUCCUUCUCCGAUAGCAACUUUGCCAUUCCUCGCCCCGCACUCUGCUGUGGUGGCUUUCUGCGAAGGGGUUUUGAAGCACGCAACUGCAUGGGAUGCAUUGAGAGAAGAUGCGGAGAAGGCUGGAAUGACUCUCGAAGAAGUUCAAGAACGCCUCCGAAUUGUACUGUCAUUGACUGAUGUUACACGCUUCCCAAUUCCUAAGAGUCCUGAGUCUGUCAUACUUGUUGCUGCCACAAAUGAUGGUUAUAUUCCCAAAGACUCGGUUCUGGAGCUUCAGAAGGCAUGGCCUGGUUCAGAAGUGAGGUGGGUAACUGGUGGCCAUGUCUCCUCCUUCAUCAUCCAUUUUGAUUCGUUUCGCAGGGCUAUUAUUGAUGCGCUUAACAGAUUACCCUGGAGAGAGCCGGGCAUAUUUUAAAUCAUUUGGUACUAACCUAAUUAACUUGUUAUUUGUUUUUCUUAUUACGACCAUUUAAUCUUUUUAGACAGCUUCUAUUUAUUAUCAUUUUCUGUUUUCUUAUUUGUGAGAGAUCUCUCCUGAUUCAUGUGAAUCACUGCAUGAAUUUAUGAGAAGUGUACAUUAGAAAAUGUGUAUAUUAUAGCUUUAAGUAACUA